AUGAAUACAUCUUAUUGUAGAGCUCUAAAUUGUACACCUUAUGAAGCUGUUUUUGGUAUUCUACAUAAAGUAACUACAUUAAUUAACAACUUAUUAAAUAAUAAUUCUUUAUAUGAAGAUGAAAUUGGAAAAAAUUAUCAAUUACCAGAAUAUAUAAAUAAUUUAGAUGAUAUAGAUUAUAAUGAUAAAAUUUUUUUAAAUGAAGCUUUAGAUGAAAAUAGUCCAAAUAUUUCAGUAUCAACAAUAAGAUCAUCAUUUAUUAAUGAACAAAAUUUAG